GGAGGAGCCGCCGCUGCCCCGUGGGAUCGGGAGCAGGGGGUGCGAGCGGCAGGAUGGCGGGGGGAAAGAACCAGGUGUUUUGAAGUAGAGGAUGAAAGCACCAACAGCUCAGCCUUCUGUAGAACUUGGAGGAAAAAUGUACUUAGGUGAGAACAAAGAAGAAAAAGCUGUGGUGGGAUUAAAGCAACUUCAGACCCCAUCUGAGGUUUUCCUACAUUUUCUACAUGUAACAACUAGUUAUUUCCAGCCUGCCUGUGGAGCUAUUGCUCUUCUUGAUAUAUGAAGGGGCUGAGAGCAGGCAAUCCCAAAGCAGCCCCUUUCCGUGCCCAUUGGAACUGCUCCCUGGUGCCGCCUCUGCCCCUGGGGAAGUCAUCACACCUUAGAGGCUCCCUCCAGCUUUCCUUUUUAAGGUGAUGUUUGUAACAACAGCUGCAUCUUCACCAGCUUCCUAGAGAACCAAGCCCGUGAAGCUGAUGGAUCACUUGCUUUGUCAGCUGGGAGCUGCGAUCCCAGCGGCCUCAAGCUGAGUGAAGACUUAGGUUAACCCACCAUGCCUCGCUUGCUGCUUCAGUCAUAUAGGUCACAUAUGGUGGGCUUUCUUGAGGAGUUUGACCAUUACUCUUCCUUGGCUGAAUUCAUGUCAAUCUACCAAGCAACCAACAGGACCACCUUCAACUGGACAGACAGUCGCAUUUUUGAGUGGGAGAAAUUUGCCAAGCUGGCUAAAUACGAGCCAGAAUCCCAGAAACCAACAGUGAAAGCUCUCCUAAUUGUGGCAUACUCAGUCAUUAUCAUCAUGUCUCUCUUUGGGAACAUGCUGGUGUGCCACGUGGUGCUGAAGAACAAGAGGAUGCACUCAGCCACCAGCCUUUUCAUCGUCAACUUGGCAGUGUCUGACAUUAUGAUCACGCUGCUCAACACACCUUUUACCCUGGUUCGGUUUGUGAACAGCACGUGGAUCUUUGGAAAGGCCAUGUGUCACAUCAGCCGCUUUGUGCAGUACUGCUCCCUCCACGUCUCCACGCUGACCCUGACGGCCAUCGCCCUGGACAGGCACCAGGUCAUCCUGAACCCGCUGAAGCAGAGGAUGUCACUAACAAAGGGAGUGCUGAGCAUCUCUGUUAUCUGGCUGAUGGCAACCUGUUUCUCCUUACCCCAUGCCAUCUAUCAACAGCUUUUCCAGUAUAAUUACAGGGAAGCCACUGUCCGGAGUUUGUGCCUCCCUGAUUUUCCUGAGCCUGCAGAGCUGGUCUGGAAGUAUCUAGACCUGUCUACCUUUCUCCUUCUUUACCUUCUGCCUCUGCUAAUCAUCACUGUCACCUACACACGCCUGGCCAAGAAGCUGUGGCUCCGCAACGCCAUUGGAGACAUCACCACGCAGCAGUAUAUCACCCACCACAAGAACAAGAAGAAGAGCAUCAAGAUGCUGAUGCUGGUGGUGGUGGUUUUUGCUGUCUGCUGGUUCCCCCUCAACUGCUACGUGGUGCUCAUCUCCAGUCUAGGCAUCAAGACGAAGAACUCCGUCUAUUUUGCCCUGCACUGGUUUGCCAUGAGCAGCACCUGCUACAACCCUUUCAUCUACUGCUGGCUGAACGAGAGCUUCCGCUCGGAGCUCAAGUCCCUGAUCUGCAUGUGCCAGAAGGUGCCUCAGGCUCAGGAGAACGUGCUGCCACCCGUGGUGACAUCCUGCCACGAGGCGUGGAUGGAGCAGUCCAGGUACAGGAAGGCCCCAGCCUCGCAGACCAUUUGCUCCACCGUAAACAUCCAGACAGCUAACACAGACCUGUGAGCUGAAGGGCCGAAGCGAGUUAGCUGGAUUUGGUGAAUAUCAAAGGGCAUCCCCCUGUUUCUCCUCAGGAAUUGAUGUUGCUGCUCUGGUGUUUUGCCACUGACUUUUGACUUGUAUCGCGGUAGCACCCCCUUUACUCAGUGCAGUGGGAACAGAGCCUCUCGAGCACCCUCCCCACGAGCCCACAGCUGCAGCUGGUCCAAGGAACAGAUAUACGUGCAGGGAACACAGAGGGCCACAGACAGGGUGAUUUGCUUUCGGGGGUUUCUCAUCACUAGCAGAGGGAGUGGCCCCCAGGAUUCCACCAUACUGUCCCAAGUCGCUGGCCUGUCUCAGCACUCGUAACACGUGCCACGACACGGGGGCUUUGCAGAACAACAGAAAUGGGCCCGUUCUGACACGUGUUUGAAGGAAGGACUUGGACAUCCAGGCUGACUCUGUCCACGUGGAGUUUCCCCAGAUAAUGUAUACUAAAGCUUCCCAGCAGAAGUAAGGGUCAGUCAAUAGCAAUUCCUCCUUCAGACAGUGCUGCUCCUCCUCCCCUCACUCCCUCUGCUGCUUCUGGAGCUGCAGAGCCAGCUGCUGAAAACCAGCCCCAGCUGAGAGGGCAGCGGGAACACACGCCGGGCGUCAGCAGCAGCAGCCUCAGGCAGCACUUGGGCAGACAAAUUUAGUCCAUUAAGAAUUUCUGUUUGGUUUUAUUAUAAAUAUAUUAAUUCAGGAAAUAAAGCUACACUGCCACUAAACAAAAGGCCACAAAAUAUUUCAUCAGGGCUGCAGCAUUCACUAACUGAAGAAUGAAAUCGUGCCCCAUAAUUACUAAUUGCUGUAAAAGAGUUUCAUUUAAGCAACGGAAUUGACUCAGACUAAGAGGGAAGGUUUUGUUUACAGUCCUGGUAAAAAUACAGUUUAAUUUAGCUAUACUUGGGAGGCAGGUGGAAAAGAGGAUACAGAACAAAGGAAAGAUUUAGUACAUGAGAGGGGGAAAAAAAAAAAAAAAAAGAAAAAGACAGGGAAAA